CCUCGUCUCAACCUGUAGGACGACUUCAACAACGACUUUACCAUCACCCGUAAGCUUCUUGUCGAAGACCUGUUUGUUGUGCGCUGAAGACAUCUCCACUUUUCCAUUGAAGCCUGCCAUCACUACAUCGCGCCAGCCCUCCGUGCGCAACCUCACACCAUCACCGAAGAAGUGGUAAGCAACAACCAAUCCAAUACUCCUAGAAAUCCAAUCACUCAUCAAAUGUUUAGUUCUUGAUCACUUUCAAAAUGCCUUCCAAACGCCUCUCCAAAUCCAAUAUCCUCCUCAUAGCCUCUACAGCAAUGGCAACCAUAUCCCUGGGCUUCGGCAUCAACGCGAUCCUCAACCCCUCCAACGCCCUCUCAUUCUUCGAGUUCGAUUAUCCCACCGACCCACCAACACAAAAGUUAAUCGAUAACCUUAUGAUAAUCUAUGGAGUUUGUGAUAUAUUCUGGGGUAUUGCCAUGUAUGCUCCCGCAUACUAUGGAGAUCGCAAGUCCUUAGGGUGGAUCUGUCUUGCUGGAAGCGGGGUGGCCUUCGCAGAUGGUGCUGUGUGUUUUGCUGCGGGGAAGGGGGAGUGGGGACAUUGGGGGUAUGCGCCUGCUUUGACUGCUAUUGGAAGUAUGCUGCUUGGGAUUUUUGAUAAAGCUUAG